AUGGCUUCGAAACGAGCAGUCCGGGUCGCAAAUUGCUCAGGAGUAGCCGGAGAUCCAGCGGAUCUCAUGCUCGCACAGGCGAGAGAAGGGCAGAUAGAUGUCAUUACAGGCGACUAUCUGGCAGAAGUCAACCUUGCUUGGAAUGCCGAAGCAUUUGCACAAGGAAAGCAUCCGGGCUACGCGAUUACCGCGGUCGAAGGACUUACCAAGUCUCUAGACUUGAUUAACGAAAGGAGAAUCAAAGUUAUUAUCAAUGGAGGAGCCUUGAACCCCAGGGGUUUGGCUGAAAAGGUGGUAGACAUGGUUACGGAGAGGAAGUUCGAUCUUUCCGUUGCGUACGUGGACGGAGACAACCUGAUGCCCCGUGUCGAUGAAAUUGUGAAGUCCGACGUAAGCGGCCAGCUUCGCCACCUUGACUUUGACAACAGCAACGUCAACUACGCCAAGGAUACAGACUCUUUUCUCCACGAUAAGACAAAGAAAAUUGUGUGCGCGAAUGCAUAUCUUGGUUCUCGCGCGAUUCGACGAGGGUUGGUCGAGGGGGCGGAUAUCAUCGUCUGUGGCCGCGUAGCAGAUGCUUCUCCAGUCAUUGGAGCGGCUCAAUGGUGGCAUGGCUGGAAAGAUGACGACUAUGAUCAACUAGCCGGCGCAUUUCUAGCAGGACAUCUGAUCGAAUGUUCCUUCUAUGGGAGUGGAGCGAACUUUUCCGGGUUUACCCGCUACGCCACGAAGGAUCUUAUUCGACUGGCGUGUCCCAUUGCCGAAAUAGAUGGUAAUGGCGACACCAUCAUCACAAAGCAUGAUACAUUACAUGCUGUCAUCACAGAAGAUGUGGUCAAAUGCCAGCUGUUAUAUGAGUUACAGGGGAAUAUUUACCUCAACAGCGAUGUCAAAGCCGAUCUAUCAGGCGUGAAGGUGCGGCAAGCUGGGAGCCACCGAGUGCACGUAACGGGUGCAAAAGGAUUUCCGCCUCCUCCAACGACGAAACUAGCCCUGUUUUACAAAGGUGGGUUUCAGGGCGAGUUUUCGAUCAACGCCACAGGACCCGCGAUUUCCAAGAAAUGGGAUCUGCAAGAAGCGCAGAUUCGCUCCCAGCUGGAGGAAUGGAACGUUAUCAAAGACAUCGAUCUGCUUGAAUUCCAGAGAGUUGGCGUUCCCGAGGUCAAUCCAAGAUCUCAACUUGCCGCGACGUGUUCGUUGCGAAUCUUCGUUCAGGCCCAGAAGCCUGAAACCAUUUCCAAGGUAUUGCAGGCGUGGUCUUACAACGGCAUGCAACAUUUUCCAGGCAUGCAUUGUUCUCUCGAUUUCCGAAGCGCUGCACCUCAACCAUUCCUAGGGUACUUUCCCGCUUUAAUUUCUCAGUCCGAGAUCGACGAAGCAGUGAACAUCCUUGGAUAUUCAGAAGGUCAGUUUCAAACACGCCGCAUCCCCGUUGGUCCCCCGAACCAAACGGAAGUACUGACGGCACGGGACAACUAUGACACGACAAGCCCCUGUGACCUUUCCAUCUUCGGUCCCACUCGCAUGCGGCCGCUUGGGGACAUCGUACAGGCGAGGUCGGGUGACAAAGGCGCAAAUGUCAAUAUUGGCCUCUUCGUUCAUUCCGAUGAAGAAUGGGAUUGGCUGCGGAGCUUCCUCACCAGAUCCAAGAUGCAAGAACUCAUGGGAGAUGAUUGGAACGAGAGCUAUCACAUCGAGCGGGUAGAAUUUGCCAACCUCAAAGCCGUGCAUUUUGUGGUCUACGGAGUGUUGGGUCGUGGAGUGAGCAGUUCCGCCCGAUUAGACUGCUUGGGCAAGGGGUUUGCCGAGUUUAUACGAUAUGUACACGUCCCAAUUCCAACGAAGUUUCUGAAGUAG